CUGAAAUGGGAUUUUAUUCAUGAUUGAACAAAUUUGCACAUAAAUAAAUUUGAUCCAAACUUCAUUUAAAUACACAUCUUUAUUGUUAUUUUGAACAUUAUUUUUUUAACUUUUUCUUCAAAUAAAUUUAAUAACCUCAGAAAUUAAUAUUACACAUUAAAUGAAGAUUUAACCAUUGGAAUGGAUAACUAUAAAUUAAAGACUUUUGAUUCGGCAGAAUUUUCUGCAAAACUUGUACCUCUACACACUCAGCAAGAUAAUCUAAAUCAAAAGUAUAAAAAUACUGGUAAUAAUAACGAUAAAUUUAACCCAUUUGAUGAAACGCCGCUAAAAGAACACUCAGAUUACUCUGAUUUAUCAAAAUCUCCAACAUCUUUUACUAGAUGGAUGUCUCAAUCAGCGCUCCUUGAUAAUCUUGCAGGCGAUAAUUCAUCACCUUCUAGAGGAGAGUUUAGUUAUUUUAAGGAUAAAAAAGUAAAUUUGGAUGAAGAUUCUAGUGUUUUUGACAGUAUAUAUGAAGAAUUUGGACUACUAUUCGAUAAAUCCAAAGGGUCUGAACACAAUAAUUCAGUUCUAACAUAUGUUUUAUCCAAAGGUUCUGACGAUGAUUUAAAGAUGGAUGAUGAAAUUUUGUCUGAAUUUACCAGUUUCAAAAAGAAAUAUUUUGAAUUAAUGGACAAAUCACUAAACGACGUUAGGAUGAAGAGAGCAUUUCUUACAGUAUUGUUCAACCACUACGGCUCCUCAACAAUCUUUAAGUAUAUGACAUAUCAUGAAUAUAUGUCAAUUCUGAAAACCCACAACGUUUUUCCAGACGAAUCGGCAUCAAAAUUCAUGUUCCAAGCCAUGGAUAGGAAAAAUAACUUGAUGUUAACACUUAACGAAUUUGUUUCAGGAAUGUUAUCAUGUUCCCCUGAAUGUGAUAAUAAUUUGAAUUCUUCGUCAGGAAAGUUGAGGUUACAGCAUAUUUUCAGAGCAUACGACCCAGAUAGACGUGGAUAUUUGGAUAAAGAUUCUCUAGACUUGAUGUUUGAUCAUUUAUCCCAAGGCUCAGGAAAUGUUUAUAAUUCAGAAGAGAAAAAUAAAUUUUCAGAGAGGCUGUUGGAAAUGUUCAACGGAAAGUUGAGUUAUGAUUCAUUUUAUUACUGUGUUGAGAAUGGACUAUUAAAAAAUACAAACUCACUCUUCAGAUCAAAACACGACACGGCAAAUUUAUUUAAAGAUUUUGUUACAAAUGCCUUGCUUAAAUUUAGUAAAAAUUCAGCUUUUAACAGUCCCGAAUUAUCAAGCAAUACCAUGUUUGAUACCACAAGGUCGGUUAGAAAUACUUCACCAGAUAAACUUUCCCAUCGGAUAACGCAACUUAAUUUUCAAGAAAUGAGUAACAACUACUAUUCAUAUAGUAAUCAAAAUCUGACAUUCUCAUCUACAACCAAAACGUCAUUAUGGAGUCAUACCCCAAGAGCAUAUUCUGAGUUUACACAUAAUAAAUCACCGAGUAAGGAUUAUGGUUCAAGUUUUGAUAGUAAUUUUUACAAAUCUCCAUUUUCUCCGCCAAAAUCCAACACGAGUAGACUCGAGGAACUUUCUAAAUUAUAUGGAGAUAAAGCCUACGACGAUGAAAAUAAAGAGGAUUUUUUUAGUAAAACUCCAAAUAAUGAACAAACACCACCCAAAAUAGAUAAAUUCGAGUCUGAAGAUAUUUUCCAAACUCAAAAUGUUAAAACAAAAGACGAACUUUAUGAAAAAUCGCCCCCCAAACAAGAAGUCUUCGAUGAUGCAUUGAGCUUUAAAAUACCAGAUUCAAAUGAUAGAAAUGACAAAUUAGAGCAACUUUUGGAGAAGCUUCAUCAUCCUGAAAAGGCCAGUCUCGAAGGAUUGGAACCCAAGCAACUUGUGAAUCUUGAGGGUGUUGAAUCAUUUGAUGAUGUGUUCGAAGAUGACACUCAACUUCAGGAACAAUAUAAGGAGAUGAGUGACUUUUUCGUUUCACUAGAAAGCGUUGAGGAUUUAAUUCAGAAUGAAAAGGAGGCUGAACUAAAUGAAAAUUUUAAAGCUGAUGACGACAAUUUGACAUACAAUUUUGAUAACUUAGACCAUAAACUUGAGUUUGAAAAUUCAGAUAAACUUGUUGAUAAUGAAGAGAACCAACAGGAACUGAUGAAAUUGAUGACAUUUGGAGAUCCAUAUACCGAAACUAAUGAAGAAGCUAAGAAGACUUUUGAUGUACUACCUAGUGAAUCACCAUCUAAUUUAUCUGAUUCUAACAAGCCUCUAGUGAACUUGACACUCCAGACCCUCACUGAUCUCAUUUCUAAUAAAUAUAAAUCGAAAAUUUUAGUUUUUAAAGGCCUGCUGGUUGAUGAUACAGUUGCCAAACUGGUUUUGACAAACUUUAUGGCCCACUCAUUUGAUGAGUCAACCGACCAUAGUACUAUGAAGUGGUGCACAUACAGUGAUAUUGUGAAUCUUUGUGACUCAGCUUGUUAUAUUCUUAAAAAGGAAAACUCUUUGCUUAAUUUAAAUGGAGAAUUCCAAGUCUAUUCAUCACUAAAUGGUGACCUUUCAUGUCUUCUCGACCUCUUUAAUGCAUAUGGAUGGCCAAUGACUAAUAAAAGGUGUGUUGAUGAACUUGUUAAAACCGGGACCUUAAAUUUUAAAAACAAUAACUGUUUUCAAUUUAACUGUUCGUAUCUCUUCUUUGGUGGUUUUGUCUCUGAUUCUAGUUCAUUCUGUUUAGAAUUUGUGCUUUUGCUGUUUGCUUUGAAGGUGCUGUUUCCUUUCCAUGUGUAUUUUUUGAGAUCGAGCAAAGAUGAACGAGAUUAUACAAAUAAUGCAGGGUUUUACGACGAGAUAUACAGGAAAUUAUCCACUAAUUAUGAUUCACUCAAGUUGCUCAACGACGAGACUUUGUUACUCCAGUGUUCCAAGGAGCUCUUUCAUAAAAUAAAUGACGUGUUUGAGUACAUGCCAGUUUGUGCUGUUCUAAACCAGGAGGUUCUUUGUGUGGAUAAACUGACGAGCAAUUUCAAUCUUUCGAAAUUAGAGAACUUGAAUAGACCUCUGACUCUUUCCAAUUGUGAUAAGGAGAUCUACGAGUUGCUCUUUGAAAACAAAAAUCCAGGUGACAAGACUACAAAUAACAAUGAGGGUCUAUUACAAGAUACUGGUGGAUAUAAUACAGUUAAAGAAGAAGAUAACGAUUUUGGUUUGGGUGAGGCCAAAAACUUUAAGAUGGUUAUUUGUUCAUCUGAUUCGCUAGAUACAGGUUUCAAGUACACUUUUAAUAAUAAAGUUCUUCUAUUAUCAACUAACUUCAACAGGAAGAACGUGGAAAGGGUUGCCACUUAUCUCUCUAUAAAUAAAAGAAAACUAACCCACAUGUCUCUUAAGCUGUGAUAUUAAAGUUAAAACAUCAUUUGUAAAAUAAUUAAUAUGAUCAUUUAAAUA